UGGGACUGCCAACAACAAAGAAGGUGGGGACUGGCUGGAGUCGAGCUCAUGGGCUGGUGGCGAAUCUGACAAAUCCUAUUGCUUUGGUUCUAAGCUCUGUCUGGACAGCUGUAGGUAAAGAAGCUUGUUAUGUACUAAAGUAAAUAAUUUGUAUUCUGAGAGUAGGAGUUGGGAUUGUAGGGUUUCAAGGCAAGAAAAUUUAUCUUCUCAAGGAUCUGCUUCCUCGGUUUCCCCAAAGAGCUCUUCACAUUGGACUCAGCUGUCCAUCAUGACAGAGGUUCCAGUGACAUUUGGUCAAGCCAGGUGUAAUGGGGCAACACCACCUGAAAAUGGGCAACGACCCAUCACUAAAAUCACUGAAGAAACCACUGAUGCUUAUGGCACCCUGCCGCACUACCGGGUAGACCCUAGACUUGAAGAUCUAUGCACAGAAGGAAAUCAGGAGGAAAGUGAAAAAUCACAAGGGAACAUGCCACUCACCUGGUCCACGGAUGAGCAGCGUGUAAAAGAAAAACCAGAAGAGAAACUCUUGAUAGUUCAUAAGGCUAUCACAGAUCUUUCUCUCCAGGAAACAAGUGCUGACGAAAUGAUAUUCAGAGAAGGGCAUCAGUGGGAGAAGAUUCCUCUAAGCAGCAGUAACCAGGAAGUAAUUCGACAGAUGGAAAAGAUUGCUGGAAAAUCUUUAGAAGAAAGAGAAGAUGGAGCUAGGAAGAACAAAGUCUACCAGGAAACUGAAAUUAAAUGGUUGGGGUUUCGGAAACCUAGCAAAGUUGACAUGCUGCAUUCUAAGCAUGAUGAGGAGCAAGAGGGUUGGGAUGAAGAAGCUAGUAAUGAUGAUGAUGAUGAUUGUAAUGAUGAUGAAGAUGUAGUUCGAGUAAUGGAGUUUAUGAAAAAAAAUGAAGAGGGUCCUCAAUUAAAAGAAGAAGAUGAUGCAAAUGAGGACUCCCCACUCAGCAGCCCCAGUUCCCAACCAGCGACACCAGAUGAGCAGCCAAACUUGGGGAAGAAGAGUGACAUCUCCAGAAGUGCUUAUUCAAGAUACAAUACAAUUUCCUAUCGGAAAAUUAGGAAGGGGAACACCAAGCAAAGAAUUGAUGAAUUCGAGUCUAUGAUGCAUUUAUAAACUAACUGGAGCUGAGAAAUUCUCAUGCCCACUAAAGCAAAAGCUAAUUCUUUUUUCCCUGAGAUAUAUCUUUUUAUGCCUUAUUUUUGUCAUUCCCUUUAGAGAAGUAGAAGCUUACUCUCUGUUUCAUUCUAAAAUAAUGUGGAAAUAACCCUAGACAAUACUCAGUCUAUUAACUUCAAGUUAAGAAGCAUUAGAUUCAUUCUUGGGCAUUUGCUUUGUAAAACGUCACUAAUACAGCACUGUGUGAUAAGCACCAACAGCCAGCACAACUGGGGAAAUCUGUCAUGACUUGGCUUUAAAAGGGGCAGAAUGCUAGGAAAUGAAGUCAUCAGAUGAGAGAGAUGACUGCUUGAAAUGAUUCCUGUCUUACUUUUGUUGUCUUUGAGGGUGAUAGAAAUUCUAAUGGUAAACCUCUCUUACUUUUAAACAUGGUUGAACAGACUCUGGCAAUAAACUUUCCAGAAUGCUUUGUCUUUCCGAUUAUCUUCAAAAAAGAUAGAUUUUAAGUAGUUCUCAGUGGCAUUUCCAGAGUGAAAAUUCUUAAGGUCUCCUUUCUAGGCGUUCCCAAACACUGAAUUUUCUGACUGGAGGGGCUGAGUAAUUGUCAGCUGGGAGAGUUCUGGUUUCUAAAUGUUGGCUUUAUGCUCUCAAGCUGAAUGAAACCAUUGUGAGGCUGAUACAAAGGAAGGACUAAAAGUCUAUUGAUGGCCAAUAGACUAAAGAGUUAUAUUCGAUAGUUUCAUUUUUGUGGCUGAAAAUAAAAAUUUUGUCUAGCACAGUUAAAGUCAUUAAAAAUGAUAAUGACAGCUUUAUCACCAUUUUAAGAAAAUACUCUCUCUGUUAUCAUACUUUCCCUUAUUAAUAGUAUCUCAGAAUAAUUUUUCCCUUAGAAACCUGAGACAACUCUAGUCAUAACUGUACUAGUUACUAUGAGAGUGGAAAUAAUUAUCUUAGAAUACUUUCAAAGUAGAGCUUAAGCAUGUAUUUUUAGUGACAAAGCUGAUAGUUGUUGGGAAUAUAUAAUUUUCUGGAUCUCAGCCCAAAUCUAUAUGCUAAAAAAUGUACUUGUGGAGUUUCAUGCAAACCAGCAUGUCGAAUAAUGUAUAUUUAUGAAAAGGGAGAGUCUAUAUAUUCUUCUUAGAUAGUUUGUUCCACAAGUUUUCAUUUCAUGCUCCCAUGUUUAUUGCCAUGAUCUUUCUGUCACCACAGAUGAGGAAAUUAUUUUGGUCCUGAAAAUAAAAAGACAAUUCCUUAUUGUCUGAAUGUAAUACAGUCCUCAUUGUACUAUUCAACCCUUUGUUUAUUUCUUUUUCAUUUUGUGAAAAACCCAGGGUUAGUCUCCUUAGACUACUGCUUAUGUAUGUGUAACAAAUCCCACACACUAUAAAGAUGGUUUUUAAAUUC